AUGUUGAUACAGUCUGUACCAGUUUCCUUCCACCAACAACGUCGCUUUGAAGAAGACAAAUUGUUGCUUUUUGUCACAAGGAAAAUGGUGUCUUUAAAUACGAUAAAACUCGUUUUUUGGGUUUCUCUUUUUUCUAUUGUUUUUGGACACGGAAUCCAUUUACCACCUCAUCAAACUGAAUGCUUUUAUGAAAAUUUAAGAACAAAUGAUAAAAUGUCGGUUACGUAUCAAACCAACCUGGGUGGAGAUCAGCUUGUUUCCUUGAGUGUCUAUAAUCCUCUUAAUCAACUUAUGCAUCAAGAAGUUCCAAGUGCUAUGUCACAGUAUUCGUUUACUGUUGAAACCCCAGGGAAGUAUAAGUACUGCUUUAAAAAUGAUGCUUUGGAUAACGAGGCUAAAGAAGUUUUAUUUAACGUUCAUGGAGUUAUCUAUGUUUCUGAUGAAGAUUUAGAAGCAAACAAUCCUUUGAUCGGAAAAGUUCGCAACCUUCACGAUACUAUUUCUCGAGUCAAAUCUGAGCAAGAAUAUUUCCUUGCUCGUGAACGCGUUCACCGAGAUACAGCCGAAAGUACGAAUGACCGCGUUAAAUGGUGGAGUAUUCUUCAAACUGUUAUUUUAUUGUCCGUCUGUGGUUUUCAAAUUAUCUACCUGAAACGUCUCUUUGAAGUGAAGCGUGUUGUAUAA